AAAACAGGAAUUUGGGGAUGGGGGUGUUCUAGUGAUGUGGAAUGGCUGCGAGUUUAGAAGAAUAUGAGACGCAAAUAAAGACCGUCUAGUUGCUCUACAAAGUGUUGUUUGAAUCCUUACACCCGAAACGCGACAUGGUGUCAGAAGUGGAUCAACUGUAAGAGCUUACUCGCCGGGGAUUGAGAGUAGGUCGUGCUGGAAGAAAAAGUAGCCCUCGCCACACACAGAAAGAUGUCGGAGGAUAACGCAGGAGCUAACGUGGGGACUCCACCGCACCAGCAACAGGCUAAUCCGCCCCCGAAUGCCACAUUCACCAUUCAGCCUCCUGAAGCAUUUGAUUUUUCAAGGCCACAGCAAUGGGAGAAGUGGAUACGGAGGUUUGAAAGAUUCCGACUUGCUAGCAACCUGCACCUUAGUUCGGAAGCUAAUCAAGUGAACACGCUCAUCUACUGCCUGGGGGACGAAGCAGACGACAAACUUCGAGGUCAAGCUUUAUCGGACGCGCAGAGGCAUCAGUACCAAGCAGUAAGAGACACUUUAGACAUAUAUUUUGUGCCCAGAAAAAACAUAAUUUACGAGAGGGCUAGAUUUAACCAAAGAGUACAGCAAGUUAAUGAGACUGUGGACUCAUUUGUCACUGCCCUGUACGCGUUGGCCAAAAACUGUAACGACGGAGCCUUGCACGAUGAGUUAAUAAGAGAUCGUCUCAUUGUGGGACUGAGAGACACCAAUUUAGCUGAGAGACUCCAAAUGGACAAAGAUUUGACGCUGGAAAAAGCCACUUGUCAGCCUGUUGGGACAACAAGCACUAACAGAACUUCCACCCAGGAUUCAACGGUUCAGACUACGGCUCAUGAGGCGCUGAGCAGCGACAAGAAGUCGGAACUGCUGCCGUCUGGCUGGAGCAGUAACAAGGAGAUCUACACCCUGAGGUACGCCUCGGAGCCGGGAGACGCUCAGCUGCUGCUCAAAGCACUGGUGGUCGACUCGGCGCUCGUCUUCAACCUCAUGAACCGCAGCACACAGCAGAGGUCGGACGUGAUCGUCAACCUCAACGAGCACGUGGAAGCCGGCCACUUGCGCACAUUCGACAGAGUCUACAAGGACGUGGGUGGCCUGGCGGCAGCCGUUCGCUCUCAGCUGCUACCGUCGCGGGACAAACGCACGCAAGCGGAACGGACGCGCAGGCCAGACGGCCGCGACGAUGACAACCUCCGCGACACCACGCGGGUCCCUGACAGGCACCCGCGACACGCUGCGCAGCCGCACUGGCCCGAACCCAUGGCGCCGUCGUUCUCAGUGGGUGGCACCGAUCUGGAUCCUUUGGGGUCGGGAUCAGGUGGCGGCAUGAUGGCGGACCCUCUGCGAAUGGGCUACCCCCGCUCGGGUUUUGACCCAUCUGGUGGCAUCCCGGACAUCCUGCCCCCUGGUGCGGUGCCACCCGGCGCCCGCUUCGACCCGUUUGAACCCGUGGGACGCCGCCAGCCCGGGCCCGAUCCGGACCACCUUCCCCCCCCGGGCUACGACAACAUGUUCAUGUAGCCGCUUUCUGUCCUCUAGUCUAGUCAAUCAGAUUCCAGCAGCUAUUGUUGUCAGCAAAAUUAGGAAGCGCUGCAACUCGGCAAAAUGAAAUUUAGAAUUGGGAAGAACUGAAACAUGUCUUUGGUUUGACUCUCUCAAGAAACGUGGAAGGAAUUAGGAAAUAACAGGCCAUGGGGAGGCCUUUUUGAGACAAUUUUUAGCAUUAGAAAAAAUCCAACAAUCUAAAGAAACAGUGACUAAAAUCACUUUUUGUUGUUUCCUUAAUGCUUCGGAAUUACAAGCGGAACUUUUAAGUGUUUGACAAAACGUUGACCCUUUUAGUGCUGUUUAGCUUUUCAACAGAAACAUCAUCAAUAGGUGUGUUUUUUUUUUUUUUUUGCAUAGCAUCUUUUUUUGAAUGUCAUUAACUGCAGCUCCUGUUGUAAUGUAGACAUAUUUUUGCAACUCUUCAAACAGCUGAUCAUUAAACAUGUGAAAUACUCAAAUGUCAAA